AUGAACCCUCUCCUCAAAGUGAGGAACCUUGUUCUCGGUUUGAGGAACUUAGUCAUCAGAGUGAAGAGACUUGUCGUCAGAGUGAAGAACCUGCUCCUCAGAGUGAAGAAACUUGUCCUCAGAGUGAGGAACUUUUCCUCAGGGCGAGGCAUCUUCUCUUCGGAGUAAAGAACCUGCUCCUCAGAGUGAAGAAUCUUGUCCUCAGAGUGAGGAAUUUUGUCCUCAGAGGGAAGCACCUUGUCGUCGGAGAAAUGAACCUUAUCCCCAGUGAAAGGUACCUUGUCCUCCGAGUGAAAAACCUAAUCCUCAGAGUUAAGAACAUUGUCCUCAAAGUGAGGAACCUUCUCAACAGUGUGUGGAACUUUGUCCUCAGAGUGAAGAACCUAGUCCUCAGAGGGAUGAACCUUGUCGUCAGAGUGAAGAACCAUGUCCUCAGAGUGAUAAACCUUGUCCUCAGAGUGCAGAACCAUGUCCUCAGUGUGGAGAACCUUGCCUUCAGAGUGAAGAACCUUAUCCUCAGAGUGAUGAACCCUCUCCUCAAAGUGAGGAACCUUGUUCUCGGUUUGAGGAACUUAGUCAUCAGAGUGAAGAGACUUGUCGUCAGAGUGAAGAACCUGCUCCUCAGAGUGAAGAAACUUGUCCUCAGAGUGAGGAACUUUUCCUCAGGGCGAGGCAUCUUCUCUUCGGAGUAAAGAACCUGCUCCUCAGAGUGAAGAAUCUUGUCCUCAGAGUGAGGAAUUUUGUCCUCAGAGGGAAGCACCUUGUCGUCGGAGAAAUGAACCUUAUCCCCAGUGAAAGGUACCUUGUCCUCCGAGUGAAAAACCUAAUCCUCAGAGUUAAGAACAUUGUCCUCAAAGUGAGGAACCUUCUCAACAGUGUGAGGAACUUUGUCCUCUGGGUGAAGAACCUUGUCAUCAGUGUGAAGAACCUUGUCCUCAGAGUGAUAAACCUUGUCCUCAGAGUGAAGGAACUUGUCCUCCGAGUGAAGAACCUUGUCCUCAGAGUGAGGAACCUUGUGCUCAGAGUCAGGGACCUUGUCCUCAAAGUGAGGAGCCUUGUCCUCAGAGUGAAGAACCUUGCUCUCAGUGAGAGGAAUCUUGUCCUCAGAUUGAACAACCUUGUUCUCAGAGUGAGGAACAUUGUCCGCAGGGGGAGGAACCUUGUCCUCAGAGUGAAGAACCUUGUCCUCAGUGUGAAGAACCUUUUCCUCAGAUUGUGGAAUCUUCUCCUCAGUGUCAGCAAGUUUGUACUCAGUGUGAGGAACCUUGUCCUCAAGGUGAGGAACCUUGUCCGCAGACUGAAGAAUCUUGUCCUCAGGGUGAAGAACCUUGUCCUCGGAGUGAAGAACCUAGAUUUCAGAGAGAAUAAACUUGUCCUCGGAGUGAAGAACCUUGUCGUCAGAGUUAAGAGCCUUGUCCUCAGAGUGAAGAACCUUGUCCUCAGAGUGAAGAACCUUGUCCUCGAAGUGGGGAACCUUGUCCUCAGAGAGUAGAACCUUGUUCUCAGAGUGAAGAACCUUGUCCUCAGAUUGAAGAACCUUGUCCUCAGAAUAAAGAACCUUGUCUUCAGAGUGAAGAACCUUGUCCUCAGAGUGAAGCACCUUGUCCUCAGAGUGAAGAACCUUGUCCUAAGAGUGAAGAACUUUGUCCUACGAGUAAAGAAUCUUAUCCUCAGAGUUGGGAACCUUGUCCUUAGAGUGAGGAACCUUUGUCCUCCGAGUGAGGAACCUUGUCCUCAGAGUGAGGAAACUCGUCCGCAAAGUGAAGAACCUUGUCUUCAGAGUGAAGAACCUUACCUCAGAGUGAAGAACCCUGUCCUCAGUGUGAGGAACCUUGUCCUCAGAGUUAAGAACCUUGUCCUCAGAAUGAAGAAACUUGUCCUCAGAAUGAAGAACAUUGUUCUCAGGGUGAAGAUCGUUGUCCUCAGAGUGAAGAACCUUGUCCUCAGAGUAACGAAUCUUGUUCUCAGAGUGAGGAACCUUGUCCUCAGAGUGAGGAACCUUUGUCCUCAGGGUGAGGAACCUUGUCCUCAAAGCGAAGAACCUUGUCCUCAGUGUGAGGAACCUUGUCCUCAGAGUGAAGAACCUUGUCCUCAUAGUGAAGAAACUUGUCCUCAGAGUGAAGACCUUGCCCUCAGAGUGAAGAACCUAGUCCUCAGAGUGAAGAACCUUGCCCUCAGAGUGAGGAACCUUGUCCUCAGAAUGAGGAACCUUGUCCACGGAGAGAAAAAGCUUGUCCGCAGUGUGAGGAUACUUGUCCUCAGA